GGGUCAAAUAAAAGAGUGAUGGCAUAACGUCAUGAAGCAAAAAGUGUGGGUUCGGCGGAUUCCGGAUGCCGACACGUGAUAUUAAACUCUCAGAGUGACGUUGAAUUACCAAAUACGGAAGUCCAGCAGUUAAUGGGGUGUAUACUAUCGAGGAGGACGAGCGCUCUGGAGGGAACGACUUCCUGGGGCUUGCUGUGCGCAGGGCAAGUAGAAAUAGCCCACAGGAAUUGUUCGAGUCAAACGACGUGGAGUCACUGGAGCGACGCUCAAUCCGGGUCAACCAAUAUUGGGAGUCAUCGUCAUCUUGUGGUCAGUCUCCAAGUGCAUCAUGUCCACCGUCAUCGAUCCUCCCACUGCCGUACGUUCUUCCCAGAAUGUCACCCUUCCUCCUAUUCCGGAGCUGUUUGAUCCCAACUUCCUGGAUGCAUUGCUCCCGCCUCCAAAGUCAACUCCCCCUCAGGAGAUCAUCGUGGAGGGCUCCGUGGAAAGCAGGGUCGAGAACAAAAUGAUGGAUGCCCUUCGUUCAACGGUACAUCAUAAAUACACGGAGAACGAUGCACCGGCAUUCAGCUCAACGCUCUCCCCGACUCUCGAUGCGUACAUGGGUCUCCGUAAGGGGAUCAGUGGAACAAGUGUGGAUUGGUACCUGGAGGAGGCUUGGGCACAGGAUCCUACUUUGACCCUUCGCCUCAUCUGGCGCUGUAGGAGUAUUCAUGACGGACAGGGCGAUAGGGAACUCUUCUACCGGUACGUCUGCGCGUUUGAUUGGUUAUACGAGCGCCACCCCCGCACGGCUAUCACCAACCUUCGAUAUUUGGUAGAGCCCCUAUGGCUUUCUGGCCUGUCUCAUGGGUACUGGAAGGACCUCCUCAACAUUCUUGCGUUAGCUACAGUCGACGAGCUUUCGGUGACACCCUCGAUCCUCGUUCGACCUUUCUUCACAAUUAUGUACAAGCAGGGUCCCGACCUUCCUUUAAGGACAAUGAAGAACAAAAUAGGUGGUCCCGAACCAGGCAUCAUGGUGCCUGUCACUGCAGAGAGGGAGGGCAUAGCAAUGUUAAGUGGCUAUUCACCUUCAUUGCUUCAGACAUUCAUGGAUGUAGACAAGGACUGGGAAGUUGUGGACAGGGAAGGGGAGAAGGUUAAACAGGCCUUUACCCCAGAGGGGAUGAUGAACAAGGAUUUGCAAAAGAAGAGUUUUGAGCAUUUGGUAGUCGUUGAUUGAAAUGACAAUGCACUGUAUCUGUUCUGUAACCUCACAUCGCAUUGAUCAUCAUCAUAAUAGCUUUUACUGUAUUUCUUUUUGAAAAUUUGUAGCAACAUUGGCUCCUCACGCGUGAGGGAAAGAUCUGGGGUGGCCAGAUGUGGCUCCGGAACGAGCGUGUGAAGCAGUAACACUUGC